AUGGACACCCCUACAUAACAGAGAAAGACUGUAAACAUUUCAGUCUUGUGUAUGUGGUUGACUAGGUGAACAAAAAUAUGACCGACGGAAAUGUAGACUCUGAAAUGCAAUUCGAAAAUGCAGAUAAUCAGAAUGAAGGUGAUGCCAACGAAUUAGCUGCAAAAUGUGCUUCAAAAAAGAAGCGUUCUGAAUUUACAUAUAAGAACUAUGUUGUAGAAAAUCGUGGCAGAAUCAUUUAUGCCGUUGAGUUUUGCAAUUGUCUCAAGGAUGGUGAACCGAUUAUAUUUGCUACGUGCGGCAGCAACGCUGUUACCAUUUAUGAAUGUAAAAACAGUGGCGAAAUGCAGCUCUUACAAUGCUAUGAAGAUCCAAACAAAAAUGAAUCGUUUUACACAUUGACCUGGUCGUUCCAUCCUAGUACCUUGACACCGGUAUUGGCUGUUGCUGGAUUGCACGCCAUCAUUCGAAUAAUUAAUCCGACGACAAUGACUUCGAAUAAGCAUCUCAUUGGACAUGGUUUCGCAGUUAACGAUCUAAAAUUCCACCCGGAAAAUCCACAUCUGUUGCUAUCUGCCAGCAAAGACUUCUCUGCACGAUUGUGGAAUAUUGAAACUGCCGUAUGUAUAGCUGUUUUCAAAGGAUUAAAUGGACACAAAUGCGAGGUACUCAGUGCAGACUUUGAUGCAACGGGUGGUCGAAUAGUAACAAGUGGAAUGGACAAUUCAGUACGAAUUUGGCAAUUAAAUAAACCAGAGAUUCAAGAUGCAAUACGAGCAAGCUACAAUGGAUACCGUGGAUUCCGCACAAUUAUGGAGCAUUUUCCCGAAUAUGCUGUCAGUGAUCUUCACAACAAAUAUGUGGAUUGCGUUAAAUGGAUGGGAAAUUUGAUUUUAUCUAAGUCCAACGAGAACUCGAUUGUUUGCUGGAAACCUGGAUGCUUGCAAGAGAAUACCAUUGCUGACGAUUCGACCAUUGGCUCGGUAAUUCAUAAAUUCGAUUACGUAGGCCAUCAAUACUUUUCGAUUCGAUUCGCUAUGAAUGUCAACAAGACCUACUUGGCCGUUGGAAAUGAUCGAGGAACGACAUUUGUGUGGAAAAUAGAUCCAACAGCGAAGCCGAUGCAUUUGCGACAUGUCCUGUGCAAUGAAACCAUUCGUGAUGUAGCCUUUUCACGGGAUUCUAACAUUUUGAUAGCCGUGUGUGACACGGGCACUGUAUGGAAGUGGGACAGAGUUCCGACGACGUGUUAAAUCGAAGCCCCAAAAUGGUGCUUACGGUUGAAUCGAAUAAUUUGUGUGUUGCAACAUCAUUUGUCUGAAUAUUUUCUUUUGUGUUGACGACAAUAAAUGUGAAAAAUGAAGAAUACUGAACGUU